AUGUUAAAACUGAGGAGUAUUGCAAAGACUUUUUACAAGAGAGAGCUGGGGAAUGGGAGGCAAACUUCAUUCUGGUUUGACAAUUGGUCAGAGAAGGGCGUAUUGUCUGAAGUGUUGGGGGAUAGAGGAAUUAUUGAUAUGGGGGUUGCUAAGUAUGCGACGGUAGAAGAAGCGGUUCUUAAUACAAGGAGGAGAAAGAGACAUCGUACGAGCAUUCUAAAAGAUAUGGAAGCAGAGCUGAGUGUCAUUGUGAGUAACUUGAGGUCUGAAGAGGAGGAUGUGAGUUUAUGGAGAAGGAAGUCGGGGUAUAGGAAGACAUUCUCUACUCAAGAAACUUGGUUGCUGUUGAGAGUGAGCAAAGUUUACUGUGACUGGUCUCGAGGAAUAUGGAUGAAGCAGGCCACGCCUAAAUACGCUUUUAUGGCAUGGUUAGCAGCUCGGGACAGAUUAUCGACGCUGGAUAGGAUUGCUAAAUGGAGCCAAGGUACUGUCACCACUUGUGUGCUUUGUAACUUGGGCACUUAA